UUUUCAUCAUAAAAAAACAAAAAAAAAACCAAUCAAAAAAUAUCUUCCACGGUCGAAAUUGAUGUAGCCCUCCGUUCGCACGUUCCUUCUUCCAUCAGAUAUGUCUCCACGCCUCGUAACAGUGAUAUAAUUCCAUCAAUCGAGUAACGCACACCGCCAAAUCUCACACAUGAUUGCUAGGCCGCACACUCCGACGGCGGAAUUUUGAGAUUGCCAGAUAGGAACACAUUUGUUGUACGCACCGAUCCAGUGAUUGCUCUUCUGCAAUCAUUCACAAUGAUGCGAUCUUUACGUCCGACACGCCAUCACUUGCUGUGCCCUUGCAAAAGUAAACAAAUAAACCAUAAGCGUAGCAACGGUGAUGGCUCUCACCUAAACGCACCCAACUCCCUUCUCGGGUCAUCAUUGACAGUCGCUUUAAAACUGGAAUAUUUGCUGCCGUUUGACGAGCGAGCGUCUGUGUGUACCACUGCGUCCGUCAGUUAGUUAGUCAGUCAAUUAAGUGUAUCUCCAGACGGAGUGUGGAUGGUAGGGAAAGAGAGAGAGAGAGGGAGAGAGAAACAGAUAGACAAGUGAUCACUGUUCAAAAAUCGGCUAGAUCAGUGUUUCUCAACCUUUUAGUACGGCGGACCAUCAUUUCGGAAUAUCAUAUUUUUAUCGUGGCCCGCAUGGGAUUUUGGGGGGGGGGCAGGAGUAUGUACUAUUAUAUUAUGUAUUGAAAAUUAAAAAUCUCAAAAUACCUCUGACGGAAAGUUCGACUGAAACACUUAUUUUCGAUCGAAUAAUUUUACAACAAAAUAAAAAUAUAAUAACCUAGAGAAUUCUAAACUUUGCUCCGAAUCGAUUAUGAGUUUGAGCAAAUAAGACAUAAAAAGAGUGUGAUGAGAGUGUUUACUAAGUGUUCUCAUCUCCGCAAACGAUCGAGAUGCUGCAUGAGAUUUUUUAUCUAUUUCAUUCCACCUUCAUUUGUUCUACAGAGAGCAGCCAAGUUUGAUAAUAACAAAGCAAAAUCGGUUGACAUUCAAUGUUACAAAGAUUGGUUCAACGACCAAAAACCGAUCGUAUCUUCCGCGGACCACAGGUUGGAGACCACUGCACUAGAUCCACAGUACCAACAACAGUGUGAACGUUAACGAGUGAUGAGACAGGAACGAAAAAUUCAAACCAAAAUGAAAAGAAAAAAGCUUCGUAAUCGUCCGCGCGAACGAAUGUUCCGGUGGAGGAGGGAGUUUGUAUGUUAUUAAACAGCAAACAGAACCAACCGGCUCCCAUGUUGCGGGUGUUCAGUGUGUUCAGUUCAGCUAACGGACGCGGUCUCGGAAACGGUCCCCGGCCAUGGCACGCGCUCAAACGUUCUUCCCGUGUGUGGGUCAUUCCGGGACGGAUGAAUUGUCCGCCCAGCUGGAGCAGAUUGCGGCCACGGAGCUGCGUGAAGACGGCAAGCUAAGGGAGGACUCGCUGACCGCGAUGCGUGAGUGGAUCCGUCAAAAUGGACGUCUUCACCGUUGCCGUACGGACGAUCGGUUUCUGUUGCGGUUUUUGCGUGUGAAGAAGUUCUCCGUGCCGCGCGCUUGUGAAAUGCUGGAACGCUACCUGACGAUGCGUCAAACUUAUCCGCGAUGGUUCGCACGCCUGGAUCCAGAGGAUCCGGAUCUGGUGGCGGUGCUGGAUGCUUGUUGUAUGCUACCGAUCGGGCGUGAUCCGUCGAGUGGUAGAAUAGUGAUCUUCGGUGUCGUACGGAACUUUGACGCACAGCGAUACAACUCCGACACCAUGAUCCGGUUGAAUAUGCUCGUAGCCGAAGCAUUGCUGGACGAGGAAGCGAACCAGAUUGCGGGGUUUACACACAUCUUCGAUAAUGGUGGCAUGACGAUGUCGCAUGUCACGUGCUGGACGUUGGACAACCUGGCCGGAUACCUCCGGAGCGUCAUCAACUGUAUUCCGGUGCGACUGAAAGAGAAUCACUUCGUCAGUGUGCCGACGUUCGCCGCUCAAAUCAGCAAAUACUGUUUGUCGUUUGCCAGUGAAAAGCUCCGGUCACGCAUCCAUUGUCACAGCACGGUGGAAGAGCUACGGGCCAAGGUGUCACCUGAUCUUCUGCCGCUAGAGUACGGUGGCAAGGGCCUCUCUCUGAAGGCUUUAAACGAACGCUUCCGAGAGUUCCUCCGUGCGAAGAGAACAACCUUACUCGAACUGGACGAUAUGGAGAUCGAUCUGAAAGAUCCACGGGAAGCGUCCGUACACGAGGACGUCGGUGAGGUGGUAGCAGACGGUGCCGCCGGCAGCUUCCGAAAGCUCUCGAUCGAUUAAAUUAACCCGAAACUGGCCACGUCAGGUUCCAUUAAUUUCUGCCUCAACCCUCACACGAAGGUGUUUAAUGUGAUAAGCUAACAAAAUGUUGUCUUCCACACUGCUACAGCAUCACUGCUUACUGCAAAAAAAAAUUAUCUUAUCUCCCAAAACGGGUACGACGGUUGAUUGUUUCGAACAUUAGGCUUUGAACAAAAGGCAAACAUCCAUCUUGAGCACAGAACCGUGAAGGAGACUGUAUCGUUCCCUGCCCUAAACCGGUCAUGUUUUUGAAGCUGAAAUUCUUGUUUAGUCACGCUAUUUGCGAAUGACGUAGCAUUUAGCAAUAAACAAAUGCCAAAUGACAGAUCAAGAUGGCGCGCGUAUGCAAUCGAACAAACAAAAAAAAACUUCCCUCUAAAAUCCCAUUAAACCUGUUAAGCGCAACAUCGAUCAUAUGCUGUAUCACCUCGAACCCGACAUUGAAAGUUAGAAACUAGUUCGGGGCGAUUGUUUUUUUGGGUAGUUGUGAGGAUGAAAAGUUGGUGCGUGAACGCUGGUGUUAGUGCACAUAAUGGUUGUUGUAAUUACAAUGUAAAGCAGGUUUAGAAUAUAUUUUCCCAGUAUUAUGUUUAAGCUUAGGGUUGCACGGGUUUGGCAAAAUAAAUACUGCGCACAAAUUUAUUAAA